GCCGCGGCGCCGCCUGACCUGGACCCGGAACAAUUGCAUUGGUGUUUCGCCGCCGCCGCAAAAAGAGGCGGGCGCUGUGGAGUUCAAGGGAGGAGGAGGCGCCGGAGAACUGCUGUAGAUCGGUGAGCCGAGGGCGAGAUGGGGAUAUUCUUCAGCAAGGAGGAGCCGCCGCCGCCGCCGCCGAUGGUGCUUGUGCCGCCGCUCUUCGAUUACCCUCCCAUCGCCGCCCGCACCAGGAUGGCGGUGCCAGCAUAUGAGCUAAUGUUUGGGAAGCUCUCGCUGCACAACCUGUUUGAGGACUACUUCGAUCAUGCUGGGAAUAUGACCUCAAGGAUCAUGUUAAAGCCGCUGGAAGAUCCUCACGUUGAUUUGAUUGCUACUGUGUCUGCUGCUGCUGCUGAUAAAAAUAGUGGAACAGAAGUAAAAGGGGAUGCUCUAUUUCGCUGGCAGAGAGAACUGUAUGACCCCCAUACCUUUGUGGACCUUCUUGUGUCAACUUCAAAUCCCUUGUUGCAGCUGAGGUCAUGUGCGUAUGAUCCUAAGUAUCGUAUUGGUGCCUUUGGAACACUACCUUUGCUAAUGGGGAACAGGGUGCGUUCAGAAGAUUAUGGGGUCGUGGGUGUAAGAUAUGGUUCAGAGAAUUUAUCUGUUGGGGCAUCCUUUAUGCCAGUUCCUUUAUCCGGUGAUGUACCCUUUGGUGCAUGGUUGGUUGGGAGAAAAGGGAGCUUAACUGCAGGAGUACAAUACAAGCCACUUAGUGGCAGCAAGCAUCCUAUGCCAUUUACAGAACUGGAGAACUGGAAUUGUGCAAUCAGUUAUGGUGUUGGCUCAACUAGCCCACUCAGCCCUUCAUUCAUUUUCUCCCUGGAACUUGCCAGAAGUACACAGCUAACCACAUCAUUCUAUCAGCACCUGGUUGUUCAAAGAAGGGUAAAAAAUCCUUUUGAGGAUGAUCAGGUUGUUGGCAUUACAAACUACAUCGACUUUGGACUUGAGUUGGCUGCCAGGGUUGAUAAAGAUAAAGAUAAAGUGAGUGGGGAUGGCAACUCCUUGUUUCAGUUGGCUGCAAGUUGGCAAGCUAACAAAAACUUUCUAGUGAAGGGAAAGCUUGGUCCUUCCAAGUCUUCUGUAGCUCUGGCAUUCAAAUCAUGGUGGAGACCAUCCUUUACAUUUAGUGUAACAGCUGUGAAUGAUCAUGCAAAGGGCACAACAUCAUAUGGAUUUGGCCUUCGUGUUGAGGAUCUUAGACAAGCCAGUUACCAACGAGCUGAUCCAAACUAUGUCAUGCUGACACCAAGCAAGGAGCACUUGGCACCAGGUGUUUUGCGCGAGUACGGGAAGCGGCCCAUGUUCCAGACACAGAUUGAUUCGGGCAACUACGAUCAUUUGCCAACAGAGUUGAAGCCCCUUGGCAGGAUAUUCUAACCGUAGGCUGACACGCUGCGGCGAGUCGUAGGAGCCUUUCCGGCAGAGCCUUGUAAAUCGUAGCCAUCUUAGUCCUUAUAGACAUGCUGCUGUAACCAAAUGGGAUUCCACACAACGAAAGGCUAUCAACUCCAGAGUCUUGACCAUGACAGAGCGCGUUGCAUCGACUUGUGAGCUGAAUUCGUCAUGAUAGCUGCGUGACUUCUGAAAGUCAGAAGAAUCCAACGCUUCUUGCAUUUUGUACUUGGGUGGAUAAUGAUAUGAUGCAGUACACAGCAGGUCUUAGAAUCCUUAUCCAUAUGUUAUCAUCGAGUCGCGGUCCAGUGGAUGAUGGAUUGCAAUCACCUAUUCACCUGGAUAAUACUUGUUCAACGU